UGCGUUCGCCAUGGCGGCGGUGUAGUUCUCGUCGUUGCGCUUCCAGGAUCUUCAAUUUCACAUUCUGCUGCAGUGCCAGUGACUGUGAAAGAACGCAAUUUAGCUCACGCACACCAAUCCCACCUUGUUUCCACCUUUUAUCUCGUCCCGUAAAAGCGCAAGAUUUCGUUAAGGUUAAGCGCGGUUUCCGCCUGUGGUGAAAGUGUUCAUGUUCCUCGACCUGAUUACAGUCUCUCUCUCUCUCUCUUUUUCUCUCCUCUUCUGUACUCCCCCUCUCCCAUCGCUAUUUCUUAAUUUUCAUGUCUCGUACCUAAUACAUUCCGAAGCUUAACGUUCGACUAUACCUGCUAUCUGAAACGCGACGAUGAGCAACGAUAAGGAACGUGACGUAAUUCACGUUGGAUCUCGGAAAAGCGAGCUGGCCUUGAUACAAACUAGGCACGUGAUACAAUGCCUGAAAGAAAUCAAUCCGAAAAAAGAAUUCGAAAUAGUAACAAUGUGCACUAAGGGAGAUAAGAUUCUGGAUAAAUCUUUACCAAAGAUCGGGGAGAAGUCCCUGUUUACCGAGGAGCUGGAGCUAGCUUUGGAGGAUGGUCGCGUCGAUUUUGUGGUGCACUCGUUAAAAGAUUUGCCAACGACCCUACCGGCGGGAAUGGCCCUAGGUGCGAUAUUGAAACGUGAGGACCCACGCGACGCGGUGGUCAUGUCGAAGAAAUACAAAGAGGAAACACUGUCUUCAUUGCCAAAGGGUAGCGUCAUAGGUACUAGUUCUUUGCGUAGAUCCGCGCAAUUAUCACGGAAUAUGCCGCACCUAAAGAUAGAGAACAUUCGCGGUAACUUGAACACGAGAUUGAAGAAAUUGGACGAUAAAAAUGGCCCCUACGCCGCGAUAAUAUUAGCUGCUGCCGGUUUAAAAAGAAUGGGCUGGGAAAACAGGAUAAGCCAGCUCCUGGAACCCGAGGAAGCUCUCUAUGCUGUCGGCCAGGGUGCAUUGGGUGUUGAAUGCCGAGAGUCAGAUUGGGAAACACGGUCUCUCUUGGAACCAUUGUUUGACUUGGAAACCACAUUGAGAUGCGUAUGUGAGCGGUCGUUUUUGAAAACUCUUGGUGGCGGUUGUUCCGCACCAGUCGCAGUGUCUACGUCUUUGAAAAAGAACGAGUUAACGAUUACCGGUGCUGUAUGGUCUCUGGAUGGUCAAACUUUGAUUACAGAUACCUUGAAAAGCAAAUUUUAUUUACCCAACGACGAUGGUGAGCCUCCUCGGAAAUGCCCAUAUCAGGAACCCCGCCUUUACUGCAGCGUUGUUCCCAACAACGUAAGCAGUGUAAGUCUUUUUGCUGCUGAACAGCUUGGUACAAAAUUGGCCAAUAGUCUCAUAAAGAAAAAUGCUCUCGACGUAAUGUCGCAGGCUAGAAAUGAAAUCUUAGAUUCAAAAUAAUAUGAAUUGUAUUUCGAUUGUUGGUUGCAAACGCUUAGAGAAUGUAUGUUAAAGUGAAGUGACGAUUAUCAAUAAUUCAUUGAUCUUUCAAUGUUCCGUGACUGUUGGAUACCCAUCGUACAUUUCGAUUUAUGUAUGUUCAAGAUGGAAAACUCGAUUGGAGUACAAAUCGUAUUGUUUUUUUAUAUUGUUACUUUUCUGAAUUGUUUUUGUGUAUCUCGUAUAUACAUUUUGUUUUUAUCCUAGCGCUGGUUAAUGAAUCUGUAAAAGUAAUUGUAACAGUGAAAAAUUGAAAAUACAUCAUAUAGUACGUAAUUUAAAUUACUAAAAUUUGUGUAUGAUAUACCUCAAUUUGGAUGAAUUGUACAAAUUCUGUAAAGAUUGUACACUUAUUGUUAUGUAAAUAAUCCAGAAUUAAUGUUGACGCAACAAAUAUUACAUAGAAAUUUUAUUACUGUUGAAAAUAAUAGUCUAUUGCAAAACACUGCCAUAUAUAGAUCAGUAGUAACAAUCAACGUGAUAUAUAUAUAGUUCUAUUUGUGUUAAAUAAAUUAUAACAAUCAAGUUUUGUACAGGCACAAUUUAUAUAAACAAUAUGUAACUCACGAAUACAUAUAUCUCUCCGAUUCUGUUGAAUAUUUGGGUAUCUUAUUUCAAGAGACUAAAUCAUUUUUUUAUUAUUUUGAGGAAUUAUUAACACCAUAUAUAAAAUUACAAGGUAUCGAGGAAGAGCAUUGUAUAACUUCAUUAUUGGGUUUUCCGUCUAUUACUUAUAUAUGUGCCCCCCUCCUUCCGAUCGUGAACAUGUUCUUGUAAAACAUAUGUAUAUAGAAAAUAUUUUGUAAUAUAUAAACACAA